AUGGCGCUGUGCAAUCAAGUCCUUCCAUCUCCCUCACCAUCAAAUUCCCUCACAAGUUUCGCAUCGUUGAAGCCAUUGAAUCCGCUUCUCGUUCUUUCCCGUUCUUUGAGACGAAAAAGCGAAUCUUUACGCCAGAAAAGUGGUAGGCUGAGAGUGGAAGCCACUGUGACUCUUGAUUCGAGCAAUGGAGCUGUGGGCGUGGCGCCAUCGAAGGAGGACGAAAUUUCUUCCACCACUCCUUAUGGAAGGCAGUUCUUCCCUUUAGCUGCUGUUGUUGGCCAGGAUGCUAUUAAAACUGCUCUUUUACUUGGGGCAAUAGACCGUGAGAUUGGAGGAAUAGCAAUCUCUGGAAAACGAGGAACAGCAAAAACAGUGAUGGCUCGUGGCUUGCAUGCAAUUCUCCCGCCUAUUGAAGUAGUUGCCGGAUCAAUUGCAAACGCCGACCCGUCAAACCCCGAAGAGUGGGAAGAUGGUCUUGCCAGUCGAGUGGAGUAUGACUCUGAUGGGAAUAUUAAAACCCAAAUAGUCAAGUCACCAUUUGUUCAGAUUCCACUUGGUGUCACGGAGGAUAGACUAAUUGGGUCUGUUGAUGUUGAGGAGUCCAUAAAAUCCGGAACCACCGUUUUUCAGCCAGGCCUUCUUGCGGAGGCUCACAGAGGGGUUUUGUAUGUUGAUGAAAUUAAUCUUUUGGAUGAAGGCAUUAGCAAUUUGCUUCUCAAUGUCUUGACUGAAGGCGUUAAUAUUGUGGAGAGAGAAGGCAUAAGCUUUCGACACCCGUGCAAACCGCUUCUUAUUGCUACUUAUAAUCCUGAAGAGGGUGCCGUCCGGGAACAUCUUCUGGACCGCAUUGCAAUAAAUUUGAGUGCAGAUCUUCCUAUGAGUUUUGAGGAUCGUGUUGCAGCGGUUGAGAUUGCAACUCAGUUUCAAGAACAAAGUAGAGAAGUUGUUAAAAUGGUUGAGGAGGAGAUGGAUGUUGCAAAGACUCAGAUAAUUUUAGCUAGGGAGUAUUUGAAGGAUGUGAGUAUCAGCAAAGAGCAACUGAAGUACAUAGUUAUGGAAGCCCUCCGAGGUGGUUGCCAGGGGCACAGAGCUGAAUUAUAUGCUGCAAGGGUUUCCAGAUGUUUAGCUGCUCUUGAAGGUCGUGACAAAGUCAAUGUGGAUGACCUGAAGAAAGCUGUGGAAUUAGUCAUUCUUCCACGGUCAAUCAUUAGCGAAAGACCACCCGACCAGCAAAACCAGCAGCCUCCUCCACCUCCGCCUCCGCAAAAUCAAGAUUCUUCAGAAGAACAAAAUGACGAGGAAGAUCAAGAGGAUGAGAAUGACGAGGAAAACGAACAAGAGCAGGAACAAAUACCCGAAGAGUUCAUAUUUGAUGCAGAAGGCGGUCUCAUGGAUGAGAAGCUCCUCUUCUUUGCACAACAGGAACAACGCCGGCGUGGGAAAGCUGGGAGGGCCAAGAAUGUGAUAUUUUCCGAGGAUAGAGGACGCUAUAUCAAGCCUAUGCUUCCCAAGGGUCCUGUAAAGAGGUUGGCCGUUGACGCUACCCUUAGAGCAGCCGCACCAUAUCAGAAGUUGCGCCGAGAUAAAGAUACUCAAAAGACCAGAAAAGUCUUUGUGGAAAAGACGGACAUGCGAGCUAAAAGAAUGGCUCGAAAAGCAGGAGCCCUGGCCGUUCGAGUUGGAAUGAAUGCCGAGAAAAGUGGUGAUGUUGGGCGUAUAAUGAUUGUUGCAAUAACUGACGGCAGGGCAAAUAUAUCUCUAAAGAGAUCUACAGAUCCUGAAGCUGCGGCUUCUGAUGCCCCUAAACCUUCUGCUCAAGAAUUGAAGGAUGAAAUUCUUGAGGUUGCCGGGAAAAUAUAUAAAGCAGGGAUGUCGCUCCUUGUCAUUGACACUGAAAAUAAGUUCGUCUCAACCGGUUUUGCUAAGGAGAUAGCUCGAGUUGCUCAAGGGAAAUACUAUUAUCUGCCAAAUGCUUCGGAUGCUGUAAUCUCAUCCACGACUCGGGAAGCAUUGUCGGAUUUGAAGAACUCGUAA